AGGUUAGGCUUAACAGUGGAAGUCAUAAAUUUGAUUUGAUUUUGUGUUGUCAUCCUACAAUUCCUACACUUUGUCCCUUCCCUUGUUGCAUUUUGGAUCAUUUUUGAGUUUUCUCUGUUAUCUUUAGCAUUUUUCAAUUACAUUUUCCUAAUUUCAAAUAGUUCAAACAUGGGCUCUGUUAAAACCAUGACUGAUGAGGCCAAUUUCCAAGCUGAAUUGACCAACGCUGGCACCAAACUUGUAGUUGUUGAUUUCACAGCUACUUGGUGCGGACCCUGCCAAAGAAUGGCCCCAGUCUUCCAGCAAUAUGCUACGAAGUACCCAAGAGCAAUUUUCCUAAAAGUUGAUGUCGACCAGUGUCAAGAGACUGCCGCUGCUCAGGGGGUGUCGGCUAUGCCGACUUUUAUAUUUUAUAGAAACAAGACUAAAGUUGACCGACUUCAAGGAGCAGAUCCUACAAGUUUAGAAAGUAAGAUUCAACAAUAUUAUGGCUCCGAAGAGGGAGAGGAAAUUGAAGGAAUUGCUGGACAUAUGGAUCUAUCUCCUUUCAUUGCCAAAGCUGAAUGCGAAUGUCUAAAUGAGAGUGACGAGCACCCAUUGGCUCACGCCUUAACAUCCAAUGGCGGCUAUUUGCAGUCAGAUUGCGACGAACAAUUGAUCAUUUCUAUUGCAUUUAAUCAGGCAGUGAAAAUACACAGUUUGAAAUUGAAAGCCCCCGCCGAUAAAGGACCUAAAACUGUCAGAAUAUUUAUCAACCAACCUAGAACUUUGGAUUUCGAUAUGGCUGAUAGUUAUUUGAGUGUUCAAGAUUUAGUCGUGUCGCCGGAAGACUUAGAAGGAAACCCUAUCAACUUGAGAUAUGUUAAAUUUCAAAACGUCCAAAAUAUUCAAUUUUUUAUUAAGGACAAUCAAUCAGGAGACGAUAUAACUCAAAUUGAUCAUUUUGUUAUUAUCGGUUCUCCAAUUAAUACAACAAAUAUGGGGGAUUUCAAAAGAGUGGCUGGUAAAAAGGGAGAAAGUCACUAAAAAAUAUGAUUUCCUGAUUGCCCAAUAUAGGGUUCAAUUUUUGAAAUAAUAGUGUAAAAAUAAUGAUAUUUUUAUCGCAGAAAGAAAUUGUUUUUAACAAUUAUUUUCAGUGAUUUAUGGUUGAAUAAUAUGUUUAGUAAUUUUUUUAUUUGAACAAUAAAUAAACCCGGGAAUAAACCAUUUAUUGUCUA